AUGCCACAAAAGAGCCCUUUCCAGAUCGAUAUACCCGCAACCGACGUCCUGACCUACCUCUUUCCGCUCAACAGCACACCUUCAGACAAGCCGAUAUACAUCGAUGCCGUUGAGCCAGACAAGAAGUCCCUAUCGUUAAAGCAGCUUCUACAAUGGGUGAAGAGGUUAGGGCUUGGGCUCCAGCGGCUCGGCUUGCAGCAGCGAGAAGUAGUGAUGCUAUACUCUUCAAACCACAUAUUCGUCCCCGUCGCAUACCUGGGUGUAGCAGGCAGCGGUCAUGUCUUUAGCGGCUGCAGCCCAGCAUACGGCGUUGCGGAGACGGUGUACCAGAUCGAGAACACUGGCGCUCAAGCGAUCCUCGUCGACCCGGAUCACCUCAAAGUUGUGAUGGCGGCAGCGCAAAAGUGCAACUUCCCCAAAGACCGCAUCUUCCUCUUCUCAGACACACCAUGCGAGACGACACAAGGUAUACGCGACUGGCGAACGAUGCUAGCAGACCCGUCAGACGCCGCGCUAUGGGACUGGGAGCAUAUGAAUGCAGACCAAUCCCGCACAACCACCGCGGUCCUAAAUUACUCCUCCGGUACGACCGGCCUCCCUAAAGGCGUAAUGAUAUCCCACCAAAACAUCAUCGCAAACGUCGAGCAAUCCGUCUACAUGCGCAACCUCGAAUCCCCUACGCCACUAACGCACACGCACCAAACGACCGACGAGCGCUGGCUCGGCUUCCUGCCCCUCUACCACGCGUAUGGCCAGCUCUGGUCCAUCGUCGCAGCCGCGAAGACCCUAACGCCCUGCUUCUACAUGCGCUCGUUCUCGUACCCGGCAUGGCUGAGCUACAUCCAGAACCACAGGAUUACGCAUAUACAGACCGCGCCACCAAUACUAGUCAUGCUGGCGAAGAGGCCGGAGACAAGGAAGUAUGACCUUAGCAGUUUGAGGAACAUACUGUGCGGCGCUGCUCCACUGUCGAAGGAGCUGCAGAACGAUGUCUCUGGCCUCUGGAACGGGACGUUGAAGGUGGUACAGACAUGGGGUAUGACCGAGGUUACGUGCUCGUGUCUUCACGUCCCGGGCCAUCGGGACGACAGAUCUGGGUCUGUCGGGUAUAUAGAUCCGAACGCGCAAAUCAAGCUCAUCGACGAUGAAGGGCGGGAGGUCGGGCCUGGUGAGAGGGGAGAGAUUCAUGUGAAGGGUCCGAAUAUCUGUCUGGGGUACUGGAGGAACGAAAAAGCGACUAACGAGGUUUUCGAUGAUGAAGGAUUCUUAAGAACGGGAGAUGUGGCAAUAAGAAAUGAGGAGGGGUGGUACUGGAUUGUGGAUCGCAAGAAGGAGCUCAUAAAAGUUAAGGGUUUCCAGGUUGCGCCUGCGGAGCUGGAGGCUGUGCUGCUUGAGAAUGAAGACGUGGCUGAUGCUGCGGUUGUCGCGUUGCAAAUGGAACAUGAAGAACUGCCACGCGCAUACGUCGUUCUCAAGGACGCUGCGAAGGGGUCGGUGACCGAGGAUAGCAUCAAGGAAUGGAUGAACGAAAGAGUAGCGAAGCACAAGCAGCUAGCCGGCGGAGUUAAAUUCAUUGACGAGGUACCGAAGAGCCCAAGCGGGAAGAUACAGAGAAAGGCGAUGCGAGAUUGGGCGGCAAGAGACGCAAAGGAAAUGAACCUAGAGCGGACUACCAAGGCCAAGCUGUAA